CGAGCGGCGGCAUUCAUUUAUUUUCUCUUCCCUCCGUUACGUUAGUCGGUUUACUGCUUGUCUCGCAUCGAGAACUCCGUCCGUUUCGUCGGUAUUAUACGCUAGUCGCAAAACUUUGUUUACCGCGUGAAAUGUUUAAAAAUGGACUUUUUUAGUAUUCGCUUCAUUUCUUAGAUUUUUAUUUUCGAAAAAAAAACAAAAUGAAAAACUUCAUUCAAUAUUUUGUUUUAAUCGUGUCCGCUGUCUGCUUGUUGCGCUCGAUGGCUGAGAGCUGCGAGACGAUUUCGUUGAAUCUGUGUAAAAAUUUAGGAUAUAAUUCUACGUUGAUGCCCAAUUAUUUGGGACAUGAUAGUCAGGCCAGUGCUGAUUUAGGGCUAAGAAUCUACGAGCCCCUACUUCAACACAAGUGCUCAAAAUACAUUCGCCUUUUCGUAUGUUCCGUAUUUGUACCGAUGUGUUCCGAACAUGUUCCUGGUCCAAUUCCGGCCUGCAAAGGACUAUGCGAAAAAGUUCAAGAAGAUUGUCUCGACUCACUUCAAAAACUCGGUAUGACUUGGCCAGAGGCACUCAAUUGCUCGAACUUUCCGGAACCUCCCGAGCUCUGCAUGCAACAGCCUCAAGAGGACGAAGAGCCUCAAACUAAUUUCAUCCAAGAAGAAAUGACGUUUACUAUCAACUGUCCUCCCAGUACGACGCCCAGUGGGGGCAAGUGUGUCCCGAUUUGUAAAAGCAAGCAGCAUUUUGAUCCGGAACAAGUUGCAACAUUUGAGCUGUGGGUUGCUGUAUGGUCAAUAAUCUGUCUCGUUUUUACCUCCUUCUGCCUGAUUACCUUUACUAUACAGCCAAGGAGGUUUAGGUGGCCAGCUAGACCGAUUCUGUACCUUACGUCUUGUGGAUUUGUUACUUGUACAAUUUAUCUUAUUAGAUGGAUUGAAGGUCCUUAUACAUGUACAGGUAACCUCGCUUACGAAAAACCGGCAGAGAGCCUCUCCUGCGUAGGUAUUGCCUUGAUCCUCCUAUUCUGCGAUAUUGCCUACACGUUAUGGUGGACCGUUUUCUGUUUCGUGUGGUUUCUAAGUGCCAUGAAGGAAUGGUCUACCGAAGCCAUUGAAAAAAUCUCAACGAAGCUACAUGCCAUCGUAUGGAUUUGCUCUGCUAUACCUAUGUUUUACGUUCUUAUGUCUAACCAUAUAAGUAUUAAUCAUUUAUCAGGGUUUUGUGAGGUUACUAAUAAAGUCCUCGUAUUUUUCCAACUAUUUUUUAUGAUUUUAAGUAGUAUUUUGGCUGUACUAACGUCGGUUGCAUUAAAGAAUGUUAGAAAGACUCUAAUGAUUGCUGGAAGGUCUCCUGUAAAACUGGAAAGGCUGUUUUACCGGCUUUUGCUAAUUAGUGUAGGGAUAAGUGCGCCUUAUCUUAUGUACUUAAUGUGCCAGUUUUAUAACACUUUUACCUUAACUUUAGUUAAGUUAGUACUUAGGAAAACAAGCAUUGUGUUUGCUACCUUAUGGGUCUAUACACCAAAAACGUUUGAGAUGUACAGGGACCUUAUGUGCGCAUGUAAAAAAUCAUCCGACAACGACAACUCGAGUCAAGGCUUCAGUAGAUUAUUGCCUAAAAUAUUUAGAAGCCAGGAUAAUAGUCCUAAAAGUAGUAACAGUACUUUAUUGAACAAUACUAAGAGUACAAUUGUAGAGGAAAAAAAGACUAUUUUUGAUUUGUUUUUUGCCAGCACAGCUCCUCAUAUUAAUGUGCCAGUGACAAGGGUAUAAACGUGUAGAGUAAAAAGUGCCUAACAAUUUUAUGUAGCUAUUUUGAUUAUUUUCAAAAUGCUCCGUAAUAUGAUUUACGUAAAACUUAUAUGAAAUAUAUUUUUUAAUGCUAAUUGCAAUGUAUUGAACUCGCACGGACUUAUUUCGGAGUUCGAAUUAAUUGUCCACUAAAAAGUUCUCAAUUCAUUAUUUUGCUAAUUGUUGUAAAUACUAUAUGUUUAAUAGUAAAUAAUCUGUUAAUAUUGUAAAAUAAUUUAUUUAUUAUAAAAAAAUCAGAAUUGUGAUAUUAGAUGUAACUAUUUUUAUAUAAUGUUUUUAGUUAGUAGGUGUGGUUAUGUUUUAAUAACUAUAUUUAUAUUGUAAGAUAUACCAUGACAUGACAAAUAAAUACUUAUAACUUAAAAUUUUAAA